AUUGAACGAGACUAUGCACCACGUGCUUGCACUUGAAGUAAAAAAUCUCUUCAUUACGAACGUCACAACUAUUUGACGUCAUAAUGCUUUUUGCGUCGUAAUGCCCUUGGCGUCAUAAUAGCCUUGAUUAUCGUGGAUAGCGCAGUUUGGUCGCCAGGCAGUGCGCAACAAAAAUGGGUUUAUUUCAUAGUUGUAUGAGAAAAAAUAAAGUAGGCAUCAUCUCAGACGAGGAGGAAGCAGCAUACAAACAGAUAGAGAAGGUGAACUCCGAAGAUGUGAAAGAGGAGGUUUACACUCCGACCCUCUUGGAUGCCAUGUUUUCUGUGACACCGAAUCAAGUCUAUUGUGAUACCACCAAUAGCUCUAGUCCAUCUGAUUGUAGACCACACAGUCCAGAUAACUCUAGAUCAGAUGUUUCUCAAGAGAGUGAGAUGACGCAGCCCACCUACGUGUCGAGUGUUCCCAAACUACCACCAAUCAAUGGUAACAUCACGAGAAUCUUGAUUCUUCCAAUUGAUAACGAGGCCGCCUACCAAGAAUGGAAAGAAAAAACUCACAGAGCUCUUCGGGAAGAAGGUCUGCUGAAAGAAAACAAAUUGGCGGAAAGAAGAAGAAAACUGAUAGAGCGGGGCAAACUGAAAAACUAAGAAAGAGACAGAUACACAAUGCAGUGAGCAACGUGGAAGUGAACAAUGUACAGAACCGCCUUUAAAAUAACAAUGACUUACUAUUUAUCUAUCUUCAUGCAUCUCUUACUGAUUUAAUUAUUCCAUGAAUUUAUUUGUUCAUUUUUUAUUUGAGAAUACAAGGGACGUCCGAGCUCUUUUAUCAGUUAAUAGUAAUUGCCGUAUAUUACACUUCUAAAUUAUUUUUUUCUCCUUCGACCAUAUAUUUGAAUUGUUAUUUUCCAGGACCUUAUAGACAAAACAGAGGAUCAUUUUCUGACCAAAUUUACUUUUUCAAAAUUAUUUUGGGGUUUUCUUUUCUGGUUAGUCAAGUGAGGAAGGUCACUUCAGAUCAAAAUGACUUAUCAGCUUUCGGAAUUAACUUUUAGCUUGCCAUGAACAUCAGUCUAUUCCGUAAACAGAAAGAAUGGAUUAAUAACCUUUUUAAAUUUAUAAAAGAAUUAUAAUAAU